AGCUAUCAUACCAGGUUCUGAAAAGAUCAGGAGAAUAGUUGAAGUCUUGAGAGCGGAUGUGAUCCAGGGCCUGGGGGUUCAGCUUUUAGAGCAGGUGUAUGGUCUUUUGGAGGAAGAGGAUGAAUUGGAGAGAGAGGGUUAAUAUCUAAUGUUUGUGUAAGACAGAAGAAAAGGAUGUCAUUCCGUAAAGUAAACAUCGUCAUCUGGGUUCUGGCUGUUGUUCUCUUCUUACUGGUUUUGCACCAUAACUUCCUCAGCUUGAGUAGUUUGCUAAGAAAUGAAGUUUCAGAUACAGGAAUUCUGGGCCUUCAGCCCAUAGACUUUGUUGCAAAUGUACAUCAACAUCUGAUAAAUGGCAGACAAGAGGAGAUUGCCGUAGUUAUUGCUGCCUCUGAAGACAGGCUGGGCGGGACUAUUGCAGCCGUGAAUAGCAUUCAUCAGAACACUCGCUCCAGGGUGAUUUUUUACAUCGUUACGCUCAACAGUACAGCAGACCAUCUCCGGUCCUGGCUUAACAGUGGUUCCCUGAGAAGCAUCAGGUACAAAAUUGUAACUUUCGACACUAAACUUCUGAAAGGGAAAGUAAAGGAGGACCCUGACCAGGGGGAGUCUAUGAAGCCAUUAACAUUUGCAAGGUUCUACCUGCCAGUUCUGGUUCCCAGUGCAAAGAAGGCCAUAUACAUAGAUGAUGAUGUAAUUGUACAAGGUGAUAUUCUUGCCUUAUACAAUACACCACUGAAGCCAGGACAUGCUGCUGCAUUUUCAGAAGAUUGUGACUCAGCCUCUACUAAGGUCAUCAUUCGUGGAGCAGGGAACCAGUACAAUUACAUUGGGUAUCUUGACUAUAAAAAGGAAAGAAUUCGUAAGCUUUCCAUGAAAGCCAGCACCUGCUCCUUUAAUCCUGGAGUUUUUGUUGCAAAUUUGACUGAAUGGAAAAGACAGAAUGUAACCAACCAGCUGGAAAAAUGGAUGAAACUCAAUGUAGAAGAAGGAUUGUACAGUAGGACACUGGCUGGGAGCAUCACCACACCUCCUCUGCUCAUUGUAUUUUAUCAACAGCAUUCCACCAUUGACCCUAUGUGGAAUGUCCGCCACCUUGGUUCCAGUGCUGGAAAACGGUAUUCACCCCAGUUUGUAAAGGCUGCCAAGCUACUUCACUGGAAUGGUCACUUCAAGCCUUGGGGAAGAGCUGCUUCAUAUGCUGAUGUUUGGGAAAAAUGGUAUAUUCCAGACCCAACAGGCAAAUUCAGUUUACUCCGAAGACAUAUGGAUACCUCAAACAUAAAGUGAACUACAGUUUAAGCUCAGUCCAUUACUCAGGAAAUCCUGGAAGACACAAUACGUGGGAAGUUGUUAAGGCUCGAGUCCCUGUAGCAACCACAGAAAAC